CUUUUAUUCUUGCACAAACAAAAUAAUACCGACACCGGCCAUGCGGAGGCUAUGGAUUAACGCACCACUAAGGAGCAGUAGCCUUUUUUGCCAAUGCAAUCAAACAGCAUCGCUACGGAUACCUCGCAUCGACCCUCGAUCGCUAGAUCGACGAUAUACCAUGGCUGCAGCAGCCACCUCCACGUCGGGCAUGCCUUGUGAAAACGAUGGAUUGUCAGUCCACAACAGCAACAGCAACAACAGUACAGGGGAAGGAGGAAAACAACGACGUUACAACACAAACCACCAACGAUCCGUGGGCAGCGUUUUUCUAGAACACCUCACUAGAGCUGAACGUUCAAAAUUAACACAGUUAAAAAGCAGCGAUGAAGUGCGAUCGUUACAGAAUCCUUCAACGUCCAAACGAGACAAGGCUUCAGCACUAUCGGAUUUUUAUCGUUCCCUAGCUACACAGGACAUCGAAUCCAUCUGGCCGAAAUACAGCUAUCUUUAUCAUCACCAGUACCACAAACAUCUGUCGCGCCGCAAUUUUCGACAACUGUUUUUAAGCACGAUUCGAUCUCGGGCUACGCAGGGCAAUUUGCACCGGCUACUAGUUCUAACCGACGAUAUGAAGGAACGAGGCAUGCAGUUAAAAUGUAACGAAUACGAUGCAUUGAUGCACUGGAUCGGCGGCCGCACUGUUCCUGUGAAGAAGUUUCGUCACUUGACAGAGGCGCUGGCGCUUUUCGAUGAAAUGCAGCAACAGCAACAGCAUACGACAAUUCAACCUUCGCUUGUAACCUACAAUACGCUUAUUCAUAUUGCGUCGCAGGUGUCUGACAUACGUAUGGCGCAACGGUUAUACCACGACAUGAUAGCACAUGAAAUUCAACCGGACGCCUACACCUAUGCAACACUGCUGGCAGGCAUGGGCCGGAUGCGGGAUGUCGAUGGGAUGUCACAGAUGCUCCAGCAGCUACAGUCAAUGGGAUACGUUGCCAAUAACACAGUCAUAUGGAACGCAGCGCUAUCGGGCUACGCAGCUAGUGACAGAAUGGAGGAUGUCAAAUCUAUGUUUGCGGACAUGUACCGGUCAUUGCAACGCAAAAACGGUAGUGACUCCGCAGCGACAGCAGCAGCAGCAGGACAGCGGCAACGAGAAGAGGAGGGGAAGGAAAGAGAAAAGGAGGCGCCUGUUGCGGAUAACAAUAGCUUCCGGAUAUAUAUUGAGGCAAUGCUGGUCCAGGAUGACCCAGACACGGCUAUUCAAGCACUAAACGACAUGGUACGGCAUGGCCUGGAACCAAUAGCAGCCAUCUACAAUGCAUUGUUUCGUUCGUUUAUUGACAAGGAUCGGGGAGAAGACGAAGAACCGACUCUGGAUGAAUCAAGCGCAGCCAAGUUGAAUAUGGUCAAGAAGCUGUACAAGUCUAUGCUGGAACUGAAUGUGACGCCCAACUCGGAUACCAUGUAUACCCUUGUGUCAGCGCUUCUCGACUUGGGUGACACCAACUUGGCAUUGGAAACGUUCGUGCAACUCAACAAGACAACAGCCACCGUAGUUGACAAGGAAACAACUAUGCAAAGCCAUGGUGACGCCAGCUCUGCUUAUGAUGACGGCGUUGACACUGUAGCAGCACUUGCUCGGCGGCGCUAUCAUUUGGAUACAGCAAAGCCAAGCAAGCUUGAGCCAAACCAAGAGCUGUUGGAAAGAUUAAAAAAGAUUGUCAAGUAGUAAAUAAAGGACACAGUGUUCGGCUCUUUUUGCUUUUUUCAAAAAACGGACGGCAUGACAAAUAAAGUAAAAAGCAUCGGACAAACGGCAUCCAAACUCAUUGGAAGCCUGCGUUUCCGAACUUGUGUAAAGAAGAGGACAUUGCAUGUUGCUGCUUUGUGGUACUACUAUUCGCUGCUGCGGGCGGAAGAGCACAUCCGAGGAUUGUGCACCAUCGAUCAAAGCCGGUCUGAGUUUCAACAUGCUUUGUAGUAUGAUAAAAGAUGCCCGCGCCUGCAUUUCCAUCACUCCUCUUUCCUCUUCAUCUUUUCUUU